AUGAAACGAAAUCAACUUGAAGGUUAUUCACCCCCAUUAUCAACAACAGGACAAGAUCAAACACACCCGAAUUCGGGAUUGGCUGAUAAUUUUGAGAUUAGUUAUGUACCAGUUUCCGAAGAGGCUUUUAAUUUUGAAAAUAGAGUUCAAGUGGAUGAUGAUGAAGGGAACAAUUCCAUUCAUUACAUUCCGGCGAUUAAUCAACAACAAGAAAGUACCUCUCCGUACCUUUCUUCAUCACGAGAUGAUUUUUUCUCGAGCAGCAAUAAUAACAGUAAUGAUAAUACCAACAUGAAUGAGAGUAAUACUGAUCAAGAAAAUAAUAACGUAUUUGUCACUCAAGGUGGUUUUUCUUCGAGUAGUAACAUUGUCCAAGAGAGCAAUAAGACACGAUUCAGAAGACAGCCUAAAAAGAGCACUACUGGGCAAGAUCAAGACAAUUUCUCUAAACAAUCACACUUGUUUUUUGUUCCAUCGAACGGAAACUCACCACAAACUCAUUCAUCACAUCAAGGCUAUUCAUCAGGAUAUAACGUUCCAGAGUUUUUACCAAUGCAUGAAAUGAAUCAAGUACCAAAUUUGUCACAUCAUGCAACACUUGGUAAUCCCUCUGCAUUUAAUAACGUGCCUUCGAUGGAUGUUCCUGUUUAUCAAAAGAAUGAUUCUCCAUCCACUCAUCUGCAUUCCUACCACCCUCAACAGCACAGUAAUUAUACCUUUAACUCUCAAAACAAUGCUUAUUUUGCAUCAUCUGGCAGUAGUAAUUUAUUUAACCCUGAAUUACCAAAUAGUCAAUUUUCAAGUGAGAGAAAAGAAUUCAAGCCACAAAACACAACUCCUUCAAAAGGUAAAAAGGGAGCAUGUCUCACUUUCUUGGUUCUCGUAGCUUUAUUUUUGAUUAUUGCAGGUAUUGCCUAUGGAAUUGUCAUGUAUUCAGGACUACUUUCUCGAACAGAUUCCUCAUUCGCCUCUUCUUUCAGCUUUCAACAAUCCCAAGAGCAACGUAGAAAUCUUGACAAUGACGAUCAUAAUACUCUCCACAGAGUACUGGACGACCAUGUAUCACAAUUCAUGAAGGAGAAUGAAGAAUCGGUGGAAGUGGAGACAAAUCAAGAACCUGAUCAAUCUACUGAGACUCAGCAAGAACAAUCAGCGGCAAGUGACACGACCACCGUCGUAGAGGACAGUACUAAGGACUCAACAACAGACACGUCACAACAACAGUCCAAUACUGAAACUCUGAAACAAGAAACCAAAGACGAAUACAAUUUCUAUGACCCAUACAAGAAGGAAGAAAAGCCAGAACAAAAACCCACUGCCACUACGAGCACAACAGCACAAAAACAAGUGUCCCCUAAAAAACCACAAAAGAAACCACAGCCACAGAAAAAAAAUGUUGAAAAGAAAAAAUUGGCACUUCCUCAAGAAAUUUAUGACAGAGUGUACUCUAGCAAGAAGAGAUCUCGUUCCAAUGAAGCCAAAUUCAACUUUAUGGACGACAAGAUUGAAAAAUAUCUUGACAGUCUUUCUAAAAAGCAAUAUAAUCGUCUUUCCAAGGAGGAGCGUGCUGUCAUUCAGCAAUAUGUCGCAUUGAGAGAAAGAGAAUCCAUGCAGAAAACGUCUUCACACAAAUACAAGAAAAAGGGUAUUAAGAAGAAGAGAACCAAAGUGAAUCCCUACGAAUUUGAUUAUUCAUCCAAUCCUGUUCGAGAGGACGAAAUGGAAGUUACCAGCGAUCCAACGCUACCACUAAAAACAACCAAAGACAAGAGAGGAAGAAUUCAUCAUGUUGAUCCAUUCGGCGAAAAUGAGCACGAAAAUGAUGAAAUGUAUGACGAGGACGUAAAAAGCUACAUGAGAAAUCCAAAUUAUCAAAAUUAUUUGGACAAUGAUCGAGAUUAA